CGCGUAAUUUAUAUACAUGUGUGUGCUGUUCUAAAGUGGGUCAAUGCGGUCAGCUGAUGCUUAGUAUACUUGGAAAAUUGUUCAUUUGACGUUUAAAAUAUUGUUGUUGACAUUCAGUCGUUCAGUGUGCAUUUUUUAACACAGACCUUGUCCAACAGAUGGGUGACAAGAAAUACGUUGAACCAUCCAUCAUUGAGUAGAUUCAAUUUUCGGAAUGGGACAAAGUUAACAAUUGAGUUUGGUUUAAGUAAAAAAAGUGAAAGUCAUACAUUGCACAGUUGGACUCGAUAUAUGUGUAUAAUCGAGCAAAGUUCAAAAAGGCACUCCAUUCAACUGAAUAUAAAUAACAUUUUAUUGUCUUUCGAUGUAUUGCUGAUACAGAAUAGAUCUGUGUACGAAGCGCUACGUGAAUGGUUUGCCAUUUAUUAAAUGCGUAAAAGAACAAUAGCAAUUAAGAAAAAUGGCUCAAAUCGAACAACGAUUCAAUGCCGCCGUGAAUGUAAUUCGCGGUCUGCCCAAAAGUGGUUCCUAUCAGCCGAGCAACGAUACGAUGCUCAGAUUUUACUCGUACUUCAAGCAAGCAACGUUAGGACCAUGUACGCAAAAGCAACCGCCUUUCUGGGACGUUAUCGGUCGUGUCAAAUACGAUUCGUAUAAACGGCUGGGCAAUAUGUCGAAAGAUCGAGCCAUGGAACUCUACGUGAACGAAUUGAAAAACAUCAUGGAAAGUAUGAUGCAUGAUGCCGCUAAUUCGACGGGUAGCGUAAGCGAACUGAAUGGCAUUGAUAUCGGCGAUUUGGAAGUAGUUGCACCGGAAUUGAUGAAAAAAGCUAUUUCGCAUCCUAACUCACCGUUUGCGUCCAGAGAGGCGAGUCCGAUUCGCAAUGGGUACACGAACGGCACUACCAGUGUGCCGCAGCUCAAUGGAAACAAACAUUUCGACGAAAGUAACCAAAGUGGACAUACCACCGAACAUUCCGACGAUGAAUACAUCGAUACAGUUGACGAUGAUUCAUUUUUGACCAGCGAAACAAUUGUACCUGUUCGCAUAUCCAGACCGACAAUGAGACGUUUUGUCCAACAGAGCAGAGUUGAGCCGGAUACAUUCCAAUCCACAAGUUACCAACAGAUUGAACCAGCAAUUAACCAAAUACUUCGUACCGUAGAAUUAAUGAACAAUGAUUUACAGCAAAUAAACCGUCGCAUCGAUACUGUUGAACGGCUGAUGGCCACAAUGGAAAACUAUCAAUUGAAAACGAUGGCCAGAUAUCCGAGAUGGUGGCCGUUCGCAGAUAUUUCGCCGAGAUGGUUUAUUGUUUUGUUACUGUGGCCAUUGGUGGCCAAUCGGUUGGGGAAAAUGUUACGCAAAAGAACGAAUUAAAUUUUUUUGGUAUCUAAGGAAAAACACGGUGCAAUGAUAUUAACGGGACAGCCAAUUUACUUAAGGUUUAUAAAAUCGAAAAAGUAGUAAAAAAAUAAAGGAAAAGACGCAAUUUUGUAUUUAGUU